AAUGAAUUCAGAUUAACCCACCCUAAAAUAUCUCUCAUCCCCUACUUAGCAAUUGUUUAAUUUUCCCUAAUUAAAAGAAAAUCCAAUUCUCAUCCCCUACCAAAACCAGACAUUCAAUUCCUUUUCUUUUCGCUUAUUUAUUUGCUCAGAUUUCCCGACAAUUGCCAAAACGUUUAUCAAGGUUUCAUUCGAAUAACAAAAUGGCUAAUUCAUCAUCUGGAAUGUAUGUGAAUGAUGAGUGCUUGUUGAAGUUCUUGGAACUAAAAGCAAAGCGAAACCAUCGGUUCAUUGUGUACAAGAUCGACGACCAGACACAGCAGGUGGUUGUCGAGAAGCUGGGAGGUCCCCGUGAAACCUACGACGAUUUCACCAACUCAUUGCCGCCUAACGAAUGUCGUUAUGCCGUCUUCGAUUACGACUUCAUAACCGAAGAGAAUUGCCAGAAGAGCAAGAUUUUCUUUGUUGCAUGGGCACCUGAUGCGGCAAGGGUGAGGACUAAGAUGCUUUAUGCAAGCUCCAAGGACAAAUUCAAGAGACAAUUGGAUGGGAUUCAAGCCGAGUUGCAGGCGACAGAUCCGAGCGAGAUGAGCUUCGACAUCAUCAAAUCACGAGCUCUCUGAUUCCUUCCAAUAAUCAAGAAUACAUUCAAGAGUUUUCAUUUUACAAUAAUCUUCCGUCUCUGUAUCUGAGAUCUAUCAGAAAAGAUUAUAUACUAUUAAUAUCCCAAGUAAUCCCUAUAGACAAAAUGGUGUAUUAUAAAGGUAGGGAUUCCCCUGUUUCUGAAUGCUGCUUCAAAAAUCUGUCUAAUAUUUGAUUACAAUAUUCUUCCAUAUGAUUUGG